CUGUCAAUGCAGCAAAAUGCCCUCCUUAGAAUUGCGUAAUCCCGUAACCCACCCAAAGUCACUCCUUCAAGAUACGAGUGUGAUGCGCAAGCGAACCAAACCCAAACCCCUGCCGCCAGUCUAAUCCUUCGACACACAUGUCCGGCGCCAGCGAUGCCAUACAGCGUCCAUCCGCCUGGUCGUACGUAACUUUUCCUCGCCCGCGCCGCUCCUCCUCCCUCCGCCUGCCGAAUCACGAACCUCCUCGCGAGAGAUCUCGCCGGAGCAGCACCGGAGCAAAAGCAAGAGCCUUCCAAUCGCGGAAACACGGACGUCUGGCCGCCUGGAUGAAUCAAGGGCAGCGUUCGCGCCUGAUCAAGACUGUCUUGCUCAGCGUCGUCUUCCUCGUCGCCCUCUACUACCUCUCCGCCCGCCAUCAUGUCCCCUCCCUCCCCUCCCUACGCGUCUUCAGGGGAGGCGGUGCCGCUGGCAAGCACACUCUGACGACCACGAAAUGUUCCAAGAGCUAUACCCCUGCCACGCCCUUGAUCCAGUAUGCCUUGAUGAUCGAUGCGGGGAGCACGGGGAGUCGCAUACAUGUGUACAGAUUCAACAAUUGCGGGCAGACUCCUGAACUGGAGGAUGAGGUCUUCAAAACGACUAUCCCUCGACCGGGUGGGAGUGGACUGAGCAGCUACAAGGAGGACUCGGAAGGCGCGGCGAAGAGCCUGGACAUGCUGAUGAAGGUCGCAAUGGACAAUGUCCCGGAGCCAUUGAAAUCCUGCACCCCCAUCGCGGUCAAGGCGACGGCAGGUCUUCGAAAACUUGGCCCGGAACUCAGUGAGCGUAUCCUCAAGGCCGUGAGGCACCGCUUGGAGACGCAGUAUCCAUUCCCACUCGUCGAUGAUCAACAUGGGGGUGUGGAGGUGAUGGAUGGCAAAGACGAGGGUGUAUACGCGUGGAUCACGACCAACUAUUUGUUAGGAAACAUCGGUGGACCUGCAAAGACGCCGACAGCCGCCGUUUUCGAUCUUGGCGGAGGCAGCACCCAGAUUGUCUUUGAGCCGACCUUUCCUCUUGCCGCAGAUGGCGGCAUGCCUGAGAAGAUGAAGGAGGGCGAUCACAAGUACGAGCUGUCGUUUGGCGGCCGAGACUUCACGCUGUACCAACACUCCUACCUCGGAUUCGGCCUGAUGGAAGCGCGAAACAAUUUGCACCGACUCGUGGUCCAGAAUGCUCAAGAUGCCAACCCUGGCUCUCACUCUUGGCUGGACAGCCCGAUGACGAACCCUUGCAUCGGUGUGGGCAAGAGCCGGGAAGUCCAAGUCAGCCUACCAGAGGGUCACAUACUAGGCGCCAGCGUGACGGUCAACAUGACCGGCCCGGCUGCCGGCUCUGCGGAACUGUGCCGGUCUAUGGCGGAGAAGACGCUGCACAAAGACAAGGAAUGUACGGUCACGCCUUGCGCAUUCGAAGGCGUGCACCAGCCGUCGCUGGAGCAGACCUUUGCUCGAGAGGACGUGUAUCUGUUCUCCUUUUUCUACGAGCGCCUGCUCCCGCUUGGCAUGCCGGACACCUUCACACUUCGCCAGCUCCAGGACAUGGCAUCUCGAGUGUGUGAGGGUGGAGAGGCGUGGAAGGCAUUCGAAAGCAUCCCCAAUGCCAUCGCCGAGUUGGAGGAUCGACCGGAGUAUUGCCUUGACCUGAACUUCAUGCUGGCUCUGUUGAGCACGGGGUAUGAGAUGCCACUGGAUCGCGAAGUGAGGAUUGCCAAGAAGAUCAAGGGCAACGAGCUGGGAUGGUGUCUAGGGGCGAGCCUGCCGCUGUUGAGCCAGCAGAGUGGGUGGAGAUGUAAGAUCAAGACGGUGGAAUAAUGCUUGUACUUUAGUCAUAGUCACGUCUCUGUUUCUGCCUAUUUUGCCUUGUGAAGUUGAAAGUGAGGGAGUAAGAGACCUGUCACAAAUGUCUCUCGGGCAGACGCAAAUAGACUCGGCGCUAUCCCAGGCACAGAGCGCGGCCCGCUGCGCACUUUCCCCAGA